CUUCAUCCCUCCCUCCCUCGAGCCAUUCUCAGUCUCCAACUCAUUCCCCAAAACACAACCCUAGGUUACAGUGGUCUUCUCCACAGCCGCAAGGAGUGCGCCGCCGUUCCUUGCGAUCAGGGGCCACCGGGUACUCCGCGCUUCUUCGUCAUUCAAGCUGUAUCGCCAUCUCUUCUCUCUUCUUCAAGCUGUGUCGCCGCGGCUGUCCUAUUGCCGCCGUUCCAGCACCGCCUUCGAAUCUGCUCCAGUCGCCGUCCCCGCUGUUCCACCGCCGUGGCAACUCGUCGCUGCCAUAGCAACUCGUCGAAUCGUCUCAAUUUCGUCGCCUCUGUUCCACUUCUGUCGCGCCGCCUCUGUUCCGUCGGGCUCCAACCGUCGCCUGUGUCUUCUGGUUUGAGUUCCUCAUUUGUGCUCCCUCUCCCUCAUCUGUGUUUGAGUUCCAGCCCAGUGGAAGUUCAUUUUUAGAAAUUUGAGAAGCCAGCUCGGCUCGGCUCAGUUCCGCUCAGCUCAGCUCAUAUUCCUAUAUCGCUCUUCAUCGUUUAGUUUCUGCUGCAUCAAUCAAAUAUCCAUCCAUGUUUGCUUUGGUGAGCGACAGCACUAUCCUUGUUUUGCGCCACUGCCGCCUCUUACUUCCACGUCUCACCGUUUCUGUUUCCGUUACAUCACCGUCUUCUCUCUUAUUCUCUCCGUCUUCCUCCUCUUACUUUCCUCCAACAAUGAACAACAAAAGCAGAAACCCCAAUACCUCUUCCUUCUCCUCCUACGCUCACUCCUCUUCCAGUGGUGGAAGAGGAAGUUCUUUUGACAUGAGGAACGACAGGGAAAGAACAAGAGGACGUGGCAGUGGCCGUGGUGGUGGUGGCAGCUCCGGGAAGGAUAAAAUUGACGCUCUUGGUAGGCUCCUGACGAGGAUUUUGCGUCAUAUGGCAUCUGAAUUGAACUUGGAUAUGCGAAGUGAUGGUUAUGUCAAAGUUAAUGAUCUGCUAAAGCUGAAUAUGAAGACAUUUGCUAAUAUUCCAUUAAAAUCCCACAAUAUUGAUGAUGUUAGGGAGGCCGUUCGAAAGGACAAUAAGCAGCGCUUCAGCCUUAUAGAAGAGAAUGGGGAGCUACUUAUACGAGCUAACCAAGGCCAUACAAUAACGACUGUUGAAACUGAAAGCUUGUUGAAACCAAUCCUUUCAGCUGAAGAAGUUCCAGUUUGCGUGCACGGAACCUACAGAAAAAACUUGGAUUCAAUUCUAGAAUCCGGCCUCAAGCGCAUGAAGAGAUUGCAUGUUCAUUUCUCUUGUGGUUUACCAACAGAUGGAGAAAUAAUAAGUGGUAUGAGGCGAGAUGUAAAUGUUCUGAUCUUUUUAGAUGUUAGAAAAGCAUUGGAGGAAGGUAUGAAGCUUUUCAUUUCUGACAACAAGGUUAUCUUGACAGAAGGUUUUGAUGGAGUUGUACCCCCCAAGUAUUUCCAAAAGAUAGAAUCGUGGCCCGGUAGACAACCUAUUCCUCUCCAAAAUAAUUUGUCGUAGUUGUUUAUUACUGGUUUAGGAUUACAGUGUGUGGAUUACUGCUUGCCUGAUUGGUUGUGUAAACAAUGGCAGUUUUUUCAGUCUUCGCCACCGUUAUUUGGACUUUCUUAUUAGAAAUUCAAUUAGUCCGGCUUGAGAAACUGUCAUUGUUUCUUCGGCAUGGAUGUUUUAUACUCUUGUUAAAUUUAAAACAAAAUGGUUAAGUCUAACUCAUCCUAUGAAUUGUUAAUAAAGUUUUUCCGAAGUUUCAAGUU